GGAUCUCUCUGGAGGUGAUGGUGGAGCGCUUGUUGUAGUGGGCGAGACGAGAAGCCUCACCGGCGAUGCGCUCGUGAGAUUCCGAUCACACAGUUUCAUCAUGCCUGAACCCGCAAAAGCUGCGCCCAAGAAGGGCUCCAAGAAAGCCGUGACGAAGACCGCCGGUAAAGGAGGAAAGAAGCGCAAGAGGACCAGGAAGGAGAGCUACGCCAUCUACGUGUACAAAGUCCUGAAGCAGGUCCAUCCUGACACCGGCAUCUCCUCCAAGGCCAUGGGCAUCAUGAACUCGUUCGUCAACGACAUCUUCGAGCGCAUCGCCGGUGAGGCUUCUCGUCUCGCCCACUACAACAAGCGCUCCACCAUCACCUCCAGAGAGAUCCAGACCGCCGUGCGGCUGCUGCUGCCCGGAGAGCUGGCCAAACACGCCGUGUCCGAGGGCACCAAGGCCGUCACCAAAUACACCAGCUCCAAGUAGAGCUCUCACUGAUACCAACACAAAGGCUCUUUUAAGAGCCACACAUUUCACUCACUCAAAGAGUUUCCUGUGAAUAAUUACUUUUGCUGUAAAAUACAACUUAACCAAAAUCAAAAACAGUAGUUAUUGUGUAAA